AUGUCGACUCAAUCGCAGACCCCGUUGCCCGAGGUCGGGAAGCUCGUGAGCGUGGUCCCCGUCGGUCUCAAAGAAGCCGCCCUCGAUUCCCCGACCUUCCGAGCGACAACCCUCCAUUUCUGUGAACAAAUCGAAUUCAUCGAGAAAUGGCUUGACGGAUACGCCAGAGCUGCGGCAAAGCUCACCUCCGAGGUAACGGCGCUGGAAAGUGUCGUAAGCGGCUUUCUCUCAUAUUCUACCCAUCCACUCGUUGUGUCCGAGGCUGUUGUCGAUCAUGAUUAUACAUUGCUGGCGAUGAGGCGGUGCGGGGAAGGAUCCAAGGACCUUUGGAACGGGUUGGUGACGGCUACCAAGAAAAUGGAGUCGUUGAUUGCGGAACCUAUUCGAGUCUUUAUUCAUGAAGACUUGCGCCACUUCAAGGAAACUCGUCGGGCUCUAGAGCACGCGCAAAAACAAUACGAUUACCUACAAUCUAGAUAUGCGUCACAAUCUAAGUCAAAAGAGGCCUCUGCGUUACGAGAGGAAGCGUUUCAGCUUCACGAAGCUCGAAAAGCCUACCUGAAUGCCUCUAUGGAUUUCUCGGUGCAAGCACCUCAGAUCCGCAAUGCACUUGACAGGCUUCUUGUCCGGGUUUCUUUCGAUCAAUGGCGGGAAUUCCGGCUGUUCCAUAAUAAUAAUAGCUCGACAUUCUCAAAGUGGACAACUGAGAUGGAUCGCAUCAAGGGCUGGGUCCAUGAAAUGGAAGGGAGCGAUCGAUCCGCCAAACGAGAGCUUUAUGCAACCAGGAAGCAAAUCGAAGAAGCUGCAGAAUUGGUGGCCAGGCCACCUCGAGAACUGGAGGAUUACUCUAUCUCCACAGUCCCUUACCUCGGCUCCCGCCCUCUGUCCGCGCUCAACAUGGGCACGGAUGUCAGACCCGAGAAACAAGGCUGGGUCAAUCUACGAACACUGUCAGGGCGACCAUCUCGUACCGUCUGGGUCAGGCGGUGGGCUUUCUUGAAACAUGGAAUAUUCGGAUGUCUUGUGCAAGGUGCGCGCACCGGCGGUGUCGAGGAGAGUGAACGAAUUGGCGUGCUCUUGUGCAGUGUUCGCCCUGCGUUCCAAGAGGAGCGACGAUUCUGUUUUCAGGUGAAGACCAAGAGCAACAACAUCAUUCUCCAGGCCGAAACACAAAAGGAAUUGAUGGAGUGGAUCGGUGCCUUCGAAGCUGCCAAGCAGAAAGCGUUGGAAAACCCUGCCAGUACAGACUUGUCGAUAUCCGGCAAAAUGACAGUGCAAGACCCUGCUUUCUCUAUCUCCCAGCCCCCUGCGCCUGAAUUCACUGCAGAUCCAACGGAUUCGCUCACACCUCAUCCAAACGACGAGUCGGCGGUAGAACGGAGCUCAACCCUCCCAGUCCCGGACCGUGAUGGGCUUGCCUUCAGGAACAGCACUGAUUUUGGUGGUCGACGGCUUACUGGAGGAGAAAGCGAAGGGUCCACUAGGGACCACGCAAGAGAGCAUACGGCUCGAAUCAUCCAGAAGUUAGACCUCCACCGUAAGUCGAAUAAUGCUGCGCCGUCCUCUCCUUCCAUCCCAGGACCUGCUGGUGGCAUUGCCAGCCUCAUUUCUGUUAGCCACAACCUCCUUAACUACAAUGGCGUGAAUACGACCAAUGCUAAGGAUGGCGAUGCGAACCGUGGUCGAAGCUCGAGCAGUCUCGAGGAACAGGGAGCGAAUCUUGCCCCUGCCACUCUUGCCAAUCCACCGGCCCCUACAAGCAUGAGCAAGGCUGCAGUAGUAGUGAGCAAUGAACGGGGCAUUGGGCUUGGCCUUGUUGACAGCACUGGAGGCAUGCCUAGUGGCAUGAUGGCAAAUCUAUGGGGAAGUUCAAAUUGGGGCUUCAUCAAUAAAUUAGAGCGCGAAAAACCUCUGCAAACCAAUGGAAAUGGGGAACAUGAGAUGGUAUCCGAAGGGAGACCGGAGUCAGUUAUGAGUGAUUCGGGGGGUAUUACGACUAAAGUCGAAUCAUCGAGUGCGUUAUCGUCUAGACAGCCAUCGGGGCCACGCCACAGACAGACUGUCAGCCUUGAUGGAGACACUUCCAAGAUACAAAGAGCAGCCCUGGGUAUCACGCCUACUGAAACGGAGUAUCCUAGUAUAUACCCGAUGCAGUUGAGGAUCCAGGAUGCUCAGUUCCGCUUGCUUUUCCCGGACGUCAAGAAAGAAGAGGCUCUCGUUCUGGUAUUCAGGGCAACAUGGAGCCCGAAUGACCAGCAAGAAUUCCCAGGCAGAGCCUAUGUCACAACUCGAAAUGUCUAUUUCUACAGCCACCAUUUCGGACUUGUGCUGACCACGAGUGUCUCACUGGAGAGUAUCAAAGAAGUAACCGCUGCUUCGGGCAGAGACUGUGAUUUCCUUUUCCUCCAUACCAUCCCUCCACUUGGAAGUGACACUCCAGGGCGCAUUACGAUCAAGACCUUCCUCGAACCACUCCGUCUCCUUGAGAGGCGUCUCAAUUUCCUAAUCCAUUCAUCAAUAACUUCAGAGACCUUGACACUCGAAGGUAUCAUCAAAGAACUGAUUAGGAUGGAUAAUGGCUCCCCGAUCAGAUCUUCCAGUGUAGAUAGCUGGGAGGAUGUUUCCUCGGGAGUUGCAGACCAAACCGGCGAUGGUAGAAAUCAUGCAGCAUACGGCACGGCAAAAGACCUUCGCGUACCCAUUUAUAUCGAUAAAGACCUCGAUUUAGAUGGCAAAGGCGGCCGUGGACGCGAUAUUCCUAAAUUCAAGCUCCCGACUCAACCAGUCGAGUAUGUCCCACAGGGCGAUCUCAAGCUGGUGACAGAAAAGGUCCUCGAUGUCAGCCCCAAGGCUCUAUUCCAUAUCCUUUUUGGAGAUAAAAGUGCAGUAUGGCAACUUUUGCUCCACGAGAGACUCGCGCGAGACAUCAAGCAAGGACCGUGGGCUAGCACAGAAGCCAGACACCUGAGGCGAGAAUUUCAGUAUCUCAUAGACACGGCCGAUAUUUUUGGACGAACUCAUGAAAAUGCGAUAUUUGAUUACCAGAUCAUUGAUGUUCUAAACGACCACCUAUGCUAUGUCAUUACUGAUAAACGGACGCCGUGGCAUCUCCCUCUGCGUCGGUCAUUCCGUCUUGUGAGCAAAGUAGUGAUCACCUUCAUGGCUAAAUCCAAGUGCAAGCUUGCAAUUUACACCAAGGUUGAGUGGCUCAGGUCUCCGUAUGGCCUUAGGAAUAUUAUUGACAAAAGAGCUUAUGAUGAUCUAGAGCAAGAUGCUCUGGAUCUCGUGGAUCUCGUGAGUGACCAAGUUCGACGCCUAGGCGCACACAGCCGUACUAAAAAGGCCAUUACAAUAUUUGGUCAUGUCGGGCGCCAAAACAAUGUUUCCCAAUUCAGUGGUGUUGGGGGCAAUUUGAAGAUAGAACCACGCAAAAGGACCCAGCGCACCAUGCCCCAGCUCCUCCUGGAAACAUUCCUGUCUUUUAUGGAAAGCACGGUAUCAUUCUUGAUGAUGUCGUCUUUUGGUGUGGUCCGCUGGACAGUGAAAACCGUAAGUGCAUAUCGGAUAUUACUGGUUUUGUUGAUAACCAGCGUUCUCAUGAAUGGAUUCUACUCCUCACGAGAUACCUGGGACUGGUGGCACGAGAGACAUGCCAGCAAUUUCAUGGCCAGGAUCGGUGUACAGCCCAAUCUGGUCAUGAGUAAGGCUAUUUAUAUCCGAGAUAUCGACGAAGCAGUUGCCAACUCAACCCUCUGGCCCCAUAAUGCCAACUCAAGUACCUGCUUUGGUGCCUUCCAUGAGCACACCACACGGUACGCGGAGCUUCCUCUCUCCCUUAGCACAUCAGGCCCUCGUGAUGCAGUCGCCAAGAGCGCCACCAAACGCUUCCUCCAGACGCGCGAACGCCUCGGUGUGUACCGACACAAUCUACUUGUCGCUCUGCGUGUGGUGAACAGCAUUGAAAAGGAAGUGAUUCAAAAUGAAUGGGAACGAUGGCUUCGCGAAGAGCUCCGACGAUGUCGCCAAGUCGAGAUUCUCCUUGGAGAAGGAAAAGCCGAUGGAGAAGCCCAGAUGGCCCAAGCUGAACGUAUCUUCGCCGAAAAUGCAGACAACGUGAAGGAAUGGUAUGAUCGGUACUGCUCCAGUUGUCAACAGGAGCAGGAGCAGGUUUCUAAAAACGGCCGCGAUAACCUGCUGGGUUGA